CCUAGUUUGCAUUUACAGGGAAUAUGUCUGAUCGUAGUCCUUCUUGAGGCAUGGCUUGGUAUGAGAAGUUAUUCAGUAGCGUCCUAUUCAGCUAAACAACACAGAACGCAUUCGUCAUUCCAAUUGAAGUAUGGCCCAACGUUACGGUUUCUUUCAGUACCUUCGCCUCAAAUUCAUCGUCACACUUCUACGGGCAUGGGUCGCAUUCGGUUCAAAGGAAAAGCAGCAGCGCGAUAGAGACAUAGUUCCACCAGAGGUCCCUAAGGAAAAUAUUAGGAUUCCGUCUCGCGAGCGUGGGCGAUACAUCGCUGCACACCUCUAUCUUCCUGUGGGAUAUUCUGACUCUUUGCCGCCGUCAAAACCUUUACCGGUCCUCGUCAAUUGGCAUGGCAGCGGCUUCAUCUUCCCCUUGCUUGGAACCGACGCGCUGUUUUGCGCUCGUAUAGCCCGCGAUACAGGUGUUGCUGUUCUCGACACAGACUACCGUAAAGGUCCGGAAAACACCUUCCCCUACGCCUUACACGAUGCCGAAGACGUUCUUCAGUGGGUCUCGACGCAAGGCCAUCGCUUCGACCGGACGCGUGUCGCCGUGUCAGGCUUUAGUUCAGGUGGCAACAUCGCUGUCGUCGCCGCAACCGCUUUAAGGAAACAACUGGAAGACAUGAACAUCCAGAUCAUUUUAUCUUUCUACCCUCCAGUCGAUAUAGCCAAACCCCCGGAAGAGAAGAAGGUUCCUCACGCUAUCAACCGGCACCCGGUCUGGAUGUUGCACCUAUUUAACGACAGCUAUGCGCCAGACGUGAGCUCGAGGUCUGACCCUACCAUUUCUCCCGCCUUAGCUAACCUGGAAGAUUUCCCACCUACUGUUGCUCUCAUCACUGCUGAAGGGGACACUUUGAGGCCUGAAGUGAACGAUCUUGCAGAGCGACUAAUAACUGGUACCAAGAAGAAGGUCAUCAAUGUGAUCCUUGACGGCGUGCCUCAUGCUCUCGACAAAGGCUGUGAGGGAGGGACGAUAGAAUGGACCCAACGUGAGCGGUCUUAUGCGCUGGCUACAAACCUUCUGAAGGAGUCGCUCAAAUAA